GUCCACACAUCCAUACUUGCCUGUCUGACCAUGAGGGACAGAAGCUGGUGGCCCAAGAGGGAGGAGGCACCUCUGUGCAGGAACGGCAGUAGUUCUGGCCCUGAAAACAAGCAGCUCAGGUUCUGGUGGAGCCGAGAAGAGGAAGGUACAAAGAGCGGCAACGUGACUCCAGCCCGGUGCCUGCAGCCCAGUGCCUGCGACUCCGAGCGAAUGCUUGUGCUGCCGUGGCCUUGGGAGCGGAGGCAGCUUUCUUGCUGACAGUGGGACAGAGGAGAGAGUGCGUCAGAGGGGUUGGUAGUGUGCAGCGGCUAUCCAGACCCACAGCCAAGGGCAUUCCCUGCCUAAACAGGAUGCUGAGCACCACUUUUGUCACUCAGCACCAGAAAAGGUGGAUCCUGGCUGUGGAAAAAAGCCAAGAGGCCAGGGAACUGCAAAGAUUGCCUUAGAGCAAAGAGCAGAUGCAAGCCCUCAUGGGAAAAUACGAGAUAACUGAGGAUUAAAAGGCACCCACAGUCAGUGCACAGGCAGACAGAGCAGCAUGGGAGGGCUUCGUGUUCGCUCCGUUCUGGUGACUGGAGCCAACCGAGGAAUCGGCCUGGGGUUUGUCCGGCACCUGCUGGGGCUGCCAAACCCACCCGAGUGGGUCUUUGCAGCCUGUCGGGACCCCAAGGGACAGCGAGCACAGGAGCUGCAGAACUUGGCCUUCAAGCACUCCAACCUGGUCAUUGUCCCACUUGAAGUCACCAAGCCCGCCAGCAUCAAGGCGGCUGCAGCCAGCGUCGAGGAGCACCUCAAGGGCUCAGGUCUCAACCUCCUCAUCAACAAUGCUGGGAUUUCACACUAUAAAUCAUUUGACACCAAGACAGAGGAGGACAUGUCCCAAGUGUACGCCACCAACACCAUUGGGCCCCUGCUGAUGAGCCAGGCGUUCCUGCCCCUGCUGAAGAAGGCUGCCCAGGGGAGUCCGGGCUCGGGGCUGAGCUGCAGCAAGGCAGCCAUCAUCAACAUGUCCAGCUAUGCUGGCUCCAUUCAGGACGUCUAUCUCUGGGAGUACGGACAAGCUCUCUCAUAUCGCUGCAGCAAGGCUGCUCUGAACAUGCUCACCAAGUGCCAGUCCUUGGGCUACCAGGAACACGGCAUCCUCUGUGCUGCUCUCCAUCCUGGCUGGGUGCAGACGGACAUGGGGAGCGCAGCUGGACACACGGUAGGAGCUUUACCACGGCAGGUCCAUCCGAGCCCCUGUGCUGGUUUUCCAUGGGAGGCUGUUGUCACCCCGAGCUACAUGUUUUUCCUUUGCCCCUGCAGCCCCCCAUGACAGUAGAUGAGAGCGUAGGAGGGAUGCUGAAGGUGAUCUCCUCCCUCUCUGAGAAGGACACCGGGACCUUUCUAGACUGGGAAGGGAAAGUUGUGCCCUGGUGAGACGCUGGUCCAGCCUCGUGCCCAGAUCCUGGCAGUGGCCCCUCUGCUGCUUCCCAACCUCGACCGCAUCCUCAAUAAACCUUUGUCUGAAAGCAGCAGUGCUGCUGCCCAUAUUUGUGUGCUCAACAGGCUCUGCCAUACUCUGUGAGCCUGCAGAGGGCAGCCCCUUCCCGGGCGGUCCCACUCCUCAUCCGUGUGCGUGUCAGUGCCCACUGCUCCUGUCCCCUGCCCAUACUGGGGAUACCCACGUGUGUCCCACUGGAAAUGACCCUCUGGGGGCAGCACAAGCGAGGUAGGGACACAGGAUCCCCACAGGGGUUGAGGUGUCCAAGGGCAUG